AUGUGCGAGGUGUAUCUGCUAUACAGUCUGCUUGGUUACCUCAAGCAGCACCUUUUAUUAUUAUUAUUAUUAAAUAGUGCCAUAGUUAAGAACUAAUAUGAAACAGCAGCAAACAUUUUAUCAGACUCGAUUUGCAUAUCCAACGAUGGCUAAUAUAAAACCUUCAAUUAGAACACAGGGAGUCUUUUCUUCUUAUCCAGAUAGACUUAAGCAUUCUGAUGAUAAUGCAUUAUUGUUACCAAAGACGUACAUUCCAGCCAAAAAAUUACGUUUUAUUAGUCCUGGAAAUGAGUCUGAUGACGAUGAAUUAAUAGAAGAAACUAAUGAACAAGAGACCAUUAAGAUGAAUGAUGCUGCAAGUCAACAAAGUUUAAAUAUUGGAGUUGGGCCUAUUAACGAAAAAUGGCAAAAGACGAUUCAAAGAAAGAAUGAAGACCUAGUUUACUCAUUUAUUGAAUUAAAUAACAUUGCAAAUAUGGAUGAGAUUUUAGUACCUAUUAGAUUAGAUCUGGAUAUUGAUUCAGUUAAACUUAGGGAUAGAUUUUUAUGGAAUAUGAAUGAGCAAUAUAUUACGCCUGAAAGGUUUGCUGAAUUGUUAUGUGAAGACCUUCAGUUAACGCCAUUGAGUCGAUUUAUUCAACCUAUCGCGGAUUCAAUUCGAUCACAAGUUGUUGAAUUUGAAACUUUUAGUAAAAUCAACCUGUGCUUAAAACAUACUCGAGUUAUUAUUCAUCUUGAUCUACAGAUAGGUAAGGUUAACUAUCGCGAUCAAUUUGAGUGGGAAUUGGAUAGCAACGAUGAGCAGACGAAUGCGCCAGAAGUAUUUAGUCGUCAAUUAGUAUCCGAGUUAGGAGUAGGUGGAGAGUAUUUGCCAAUUAUAUCCCAUGCUGUCAGAGAACAGUUAUUUAGACUAAAAAGACAAUAUACAGAAGAGGUAAUAGGAUAUCAUCAGAAUGCAUAUAUCUGACUUUUAUAUCUAGUCAAUGAUGGAAGGAGAGGUUAAACAAAUACUUGAUAAUGGAUUCCGAUCUAUAGAAGAAACUAGAGACUGGGAGCCACGUUUAGAAGCUUUAUCUGAUAAAGAACUAGAAAAGUCAUUAAUAUCUCAAGAAAGAAACAUUAGACGAAUGAGAAGAGAAACACGAUUCAGAAGAUCGCUUCGUCAUCAAUAAACUUUGCUUCAUAUCGAAGAUGAUAUAAAGCUAUAAAAAAAGGAAAUACAUUUAGUAGCAUCAAAUGUUUGAAAGCUUUUACAGAAUAAAGAUAAUAUAAAUCAAAUAAUUUAAUUCGAAUACAGUGAUUCUCAAUCUAAGUUUAAUAUCUUAUC